AUGGCAAACGGCUCGUCCUUAAAAGACUUCUCAGGCAAGGGGGCAAAGAUCAGAGAACGGCACAGAAAGUUCUGGGAUAUCCAGUGUGCCAUAGCUGAUGUCCUGGCAUACUCCCAGGGCAAAGAGGGUCACGAAUAUGGCGUCGAUCUUCCAUUAGCAAAGAAGGGCUCAUGGUUAACACCCAAUCCACCCUUUCGAAACCCCAAAGACGCAAAGCUGGCAAGGAACGAUCAGACUUUCAUCAUCGGUAACACGUCAUCCUUCGACAUUGCUCAAUACCCCGGUGAAGAAAAGAGAGCUAGCAUGUCGAUGGUUCAUCUUUUGGGCAUCCCUGAAGCCAGGAUCUUCAACGGAGUUUCGUUAAACCGCGCUAAUGUCCAUAUUAUCGAAAACAUGAUCGAGCUUUUCAAGAGAAAUUGGAACGAGUUCAAUGACGACGAGAAAGUAUACCCUUUCAGAUGUGCAGUGUUAAAGCAUGUACAGGACACAAUAUCUGCAAGAAAGGAUUCGCAGCUCGCCAACUUGGAAAAUCAGGACCCCAACAACAAGGCGAGGCAGGAAGCAGUAAAUGAGUCGUGGGAAACAGCACGCAAUCGCCUCGCUGCCAUGCAGAAUAAAAUAUACGAUCUCGGAACCAACGAUUUUCUUUUCGGGCUGCAUCUAUGGGACGAACAGAGUGUAAGCCACCUGCACUUACACAUCAUCGCAAAGUCUCCAGAACUCCUUAUAUUUUCUACCCGAGAACAUGAUGUGAAGACUGUGGAUGCAGAAGAAGUUCAGAGAUACAUCGAGGGAACCUUGUGCAGUCAUAUUUCAAAUACGUUGGGUUGA